AUGUCUGAUUCUGCAGCAUCCCCGUCAACAACAACCACUUCAGCAACAACCACUUCCCCGGGUCAUUUCGAUGCUGUUACUUCUUUGGGUGGAGUACUCGCUGGAGAGAUCUCUUCUUACUUUGCUCAACUUCUCCCGUCUGCCACCUCGCCCCCCACGCCGGACGAGAUCAACGAGCCUCUGGACAUUAUCAUCAAUGGCAGAGUAUAUCCUCCAGUCAUAUAUGAUGGGAAUGUAAUCACACCUGAAGGCUUCAGUAUUGACUGUAUCAACUGCGACGUCUUUGGCAACAUCAGUCUCUCUGGCGGUGGCAAAAUCCCUAACGACCCAUUCCCCGGCAGCCAAAUCCCGACCCCCACCGAUGUCCUUGAAAUGCACCCCGACUUCGACUUCUCAGGUCUCUGGGUGGGUGCAACAUUCGAUGCAUUAAGCGCUCAUUUCGACUUGACCGUCAACCUAACUGCAUUCAACCAAACGUCCAACCAGACGAACGAAUUCCUUAUACCUUUACCUUCGAAAACUUUCACGAAAAGUAUUGGUGAUUUGACUAUCACGGCUACUCUUAAUCCGGAAAUUUAUGGAUGGAUCAAUACCACAAAUAAUGUCAGCUUUACAUACGGCUUCGAUUUCGAGAUUCCGCCCGGCUCUGAGCUGCUUCUUCCGUUGGAAUCUCUCAAUCAGUCGAUAUCUCUUGGAUUCAACAAAUCGACACUUACUCCAAUCCCUUUUACAUCUUCAACAAAAGAUCUGAACAUUGGCGUUGAGUUCUCCUUCCGCCCCUCUGUCAAUUUCGUCGCCUCUAUAGGUGGGCUUCCUGUCUCCCUACAAGUUGCCGUGACCCUCGACAUUCCCAAACUCGACGCCACAAUCAUGCAAGUCCACAACGUCACCGUCUCCUGUGACCCUGCCCCAGCAUCCCUCCCUGCGGAUCAAGUCUACCAAAACCUCACUCUGGUCGUCCCGUCGAUCGGGGUCGACGCGCUGGAAGUCUUUCAAGAGGCAUUGAACCUCAUCCUCGUGAAACCCUCGGACACCCAGCCGUUCUCGCAGAAUUACUCCACCAGCCUCCCGACCGCGUGCUACGCCUUCAGUAGGGCCGAGAAGACGUUGAUUGCCGCAGCCCAAAGCAAGCCUUCGGACACUUCGUCCGCAACGAGCACCCAGGUUCCGCUGUCGGUGAUUUCCAUGGCAGUGAUUCUGGCGGUCUUCAUGGCGAUCUAA